AUGGCCGACGAGGAGGAGCGCAUUAAAGCUGAGAAGCUGGCUGCUGCCAAGAAGAGGGUGGCUCAGCUCCAGAAACAGAAGAAGAAGGCCAACAAGAAGGCCUCAACCGCGACAGAUACAUCCAAAGAUGCUGAGUCUGCUAAAGAGACUGAUCCCACCGAAGAACCUUUGACGGAACCUGCGGCUGAACCUGUCCCCGAGACAACAUCGUCAGAGAACCCCGAGGAGAAGCCGCAGGAAGAGACCGCGGUAGAGACCGAAACCUCCGAGCAACCAGAAGAAAAAGAACAGACCGAGAGACCCGAUGCGCCUGUCGAGUCCCCCGUUGAACCCAUGCCCCCCGCCCCCACCUCUCCUGGUUCAGAGACGGACGCUCAACUAGCCCGACUAGAUACCCCCCGAGCCGGCCACACCCGCCAGCCGUCGCUGUCGAUCCAAUCUAAGAUGCGCUCGUCCUCAUUUCGCAAGACUUCCGUGUCUCACGGCAGCCCUUCCCCAUCUCCGGCCUCCACUCUCAAGUCUCCUCCGCAGUCACUACCGCCCCUGACCGGGGAUGGAGAUUCAGUCCAUGAGGUGUUCCAGAAGCAGUCUACGCGGAUCAGUGAGCUUGAGAAGGACAAUAAGCGCAUGGAGAAGGAGCUAGCGGAUGCGACGAGCCGCUGGCGCAAGACGGAGGAUCAAUUGGAGGAUCUGCGCGAGAGUAGUGUGGAUGUGCCAGAGCUGAAAGAGCAGUUGAAGAAAGCCGAGGAGAAGGCGGCGAGCAUUGAGACAUUGAAUGAGGAAAUCGCUUCGCUACAACGGCAAAACUCACAACUCCAGUCUCGGUCAAACAGAAAUAAUGCCAACUCUACACCAGGUUCAUCAGAUUCACCACCGGCGGAUCUCAUGCGUCAGCUAGAGUCCAAGUCGGCCACUAUCGAGGCUAUGGAAUUGGAAAUUUCCAAUCUACGAGCACAGGUCACCUCACAAUCAUCCUCUAAUGAGGCCCAUGAGAGCCAGCUCGCGGCAUUGGAGGAGAAAAUUACAAACAACCAGAUGGCGCUUGAGCGUUCUCAGCGUGAACUGGCAGAUACGAAGCAAGCUCUUACGCGCGCUUCCGAGAAGGCCGUCAAGGAAGGCGUGGACAAGACAUCAACCGAGACUCUGAUCAAGACGCUGCAACGUGAAAUCGAAGAACUCAAGAAUGAGAAGAGUGAGGCUGAGAAGAAGAUCGAAACUUUCGAUAAGAAGCUCCAGGCCAUGGGCAACCUGCACAAGGAAUCCGAGAGCCGGCACCAAGCCCGCCUCCGCGAGAGUGAAAAGAUCGAGAAAGAAAUUGCCGUUAUGCGGAAGAAGCUAGCUAGUAUCGAAAACGAGAACCUUCGCCUCCGUGAAGAGCGUGACCGUAUUCGCAAACGCGAGGCCGGUGGCGGCGCAGACGACGAAGCCCUCGACGAGCUCGAAGACGAAGAACGUCAGCGCCUUGAGCGCCGCAUUCGUGAGUUAGAAAGCGAGAACUUUGAUCUACGCCGCGGCGUCUGGCAAGAGAGGCGCCAGGAAUUGGCCGGUCAUCAGUAUCCCGAGGAGGGCGCUGAGUCUGCCGGUGACGCCGGUGCUAAUGCGUUCGAUGAUGUUGACCUUGUUGGUGGACGGCCUGACCAUGCCCGUCGCCGUAGCAUGGCCGCGCAACAGCACUCGUCCUUCUCGACUGUUCUGUCUAGUGGCUUUGCUGCCUUUACAGGAUCUGGUAACCGCUCUCGGGCUGGAUCGUCCAACCCGCCCCAUCCCCAUGCCCCUGCUACGCGUGGCAGCCUCGAGUUGCUCUCCGAAGAGAAUCUCGACGAUGAAUUCGACGAAGCUGAGUUCGCGCGCGCCCAGGCGGAGGAAGAAGCGCGCAAGCGUGUCGAGUGGAUGCGCAAUAUUAAGAGUAAACUGCGCGAUUGGGAGAAGUGGCGGCUGGACCUGGUUGAUAGCCGGGCUGGUGCCGAGGGCGCAGGAGUUGGCAUGGGCGAGAUCUUUGAGGUUUGA